AGAAGUGAUUGAAGUUUCCGCAACUGCGACAUGGCUGUCGGCACGUUUGUGGCGACCCUGCUGUAUUGGCUGGGUGGGGCCCUGCUCUUGGUGGCCGCCUACUUUUGCGCCUGGCUCCAAUAUCAUCAUGAUGUCUUUGUCUACAAGACCAAAUGUAAGGACAAGAAAUGGGCCAAGCCCGAUGACUACUCCACCAUCAUUGCCAACCUGCAGCCCAUCGCCACCAAAAAGCUCUACUUUAUCCGCCACGGCGAGUCGACCUGGAACGUCACCUUCAACCGCGACAAAGUUACCUUCAUCUUCCGCCUCAUCUACUCUUGCGUCUACGAUGCCUACCUGACCCUAACCCAGAGCGACUCGUGGUUCAUUGACUCCCCCCUCUGUGCCACUGGUGUGGAGCAAGCCGACUCGGCUCGCCAGUACAUCAAGGCUAAACACACAACCAGCGACCACGCCAAGUUUUUGCACGAUGGCCGCGCCAUCCUGGUCUGCUCCAACCUCCGUCGCUGUCUGAGCACCGCCAUCGUUGCCCUGUAUGAUCGGUUGAAGCGCUCUGAGGAGAAGCUCGUCAUCUUGCCUUGGCUCCAAGAAAUUACCAACAAUCCCGACUCAGUCAGCAUCACCCCGGCCUUUACCUUACCUCGCCCAUCGUGGUUUGACCGCAACGCACCCAUCAUGAAGCCCUUCGACAUGAACAAGUCAUAUGCCACCAUGCUGGACCCCACCGAGAACUUUGGAAAUAAGCCGGUCAAGGGCAAUGGCAAGCAGCGGAUCGAUGCAUUCAAUGAGGUACCAGCGCUCUACUGCAUUCGUCUUAUACUGUGGCUGUUCUCCGAUGCUGUGGACACCGACACGGUGGUCCUGUGCGGACACUCUCUGUGGUUUAUGUCCUAUUUCAAGGAGUUUUUGCCCCUCGACUCAAAUCACCCUAGCAAGAAAAAGAAAAUGAAGAAUGGUGCCAUUGUGUACUUGCAAGUCAGCCUUUACGAAACUCAGCAGGGCAAGGUGAGAUUGGAUUUGAGUGGCCUUUUUCCGCAAACCAUUCACAUCAUAGCCACCCAAUGA